CAAAGCUGGCCAGAAGUGGGGAUCUGCGCCGCUCUGAUUUGCAAGCUCGGACUGGACUCGGCGGUGGCCAGCGGUGGCGCGCAGUGCGAGCGAGCCGUGGCCGGGCCAGCCGCAGUGUCGCCUCGACGCCAUGUCGUCGCCGUCCAGUCCCCCAGGUCGGCGACCUGUUGACCUGCUGUCGGGGCCAGAAGCGGACCGGACUCGCAGCGCCUUCACCGCCGUGGCCCCUCACUUCAGCACCAGUCCCACCAAAGACCCGGGCAGCCCGCCGUACGGGCAGACGAUGCCACCGCUGCUGCCGCUCUCGAUGCUGUACCCGGGCUACCUGCUGCACGUGUACCCGCAGUACCAGCGCUGGUACGCCGAGGCGAAGGCGCCGGCGCUCUCGUACUCAGGGCUGGCGCGUCGGUACGAGGCGGCCCGGCUCUGGGAGUCGGUCUCGCGCCGCGACCUCUCCAGCCCGGCCAACACUGAACCCAAGACGCCUAAGUCAACCGUAUCUCCGUCGUCGAACGACGACGAGGCCGACACGCCGCUCAACCUGUCGACCAAGUCGGCGGCGCGCCGGCUGCCCCAGCUGGAGAGCUUCAUCUGCCCAACCUGCAAGCGCGCGCUGGCUUCGGCCGCGGCGCUGGAGGCGCACGUGAGGCGCUGCUCACUGGAGCUGUCGCCGCGCUCGUUCCCGGCCAGCCCCGCCCAGGGCACCGCCAAGCCGGCCCAGGAGAGGUCGUUCGAGUGCAAGCAGUGUAACAAGACCUUCAAGCGUUCAUCGACGUUGUCAACGCACCUGCUGAUCCACUCGGACACCCGGCCGUACCCGUGCCAGUAUUGCGGCAAACGCUUCCACCAGAAGUCAGACAUGAAGAAGCACACCUACAUACACACCGGCGAGAAACCACACAAGUGCUCCGUCUGCGGCAAGGCCUUCUCCCAGUCAUCCAACCUCAUCACCCACAUGCGCAAACACACCGGCUACAAGCCGUUCGCCUGUGGUCUGUGCGAGAAGGCGUUCCAGCGUAAGGUGGACCUGCGCCGCCACCGCGAGAGCCAACACCCGGACCUGGUGCACGCUCCUCUGGACGGGGAUGGGGCUGGGCCGCUGGCAGAGGCCGGCCAGCAGUACAUCGGCAUGACAGAAAGCGAAGCAAAGCAUGUGAGGUUCGAGUCCGACGAAAAUUACUACAGCUGCCGCAUCCUGCAGGAUAGUCGAACGAACGCCCCGGAAAGACAUGUUUAUCAGGAGGUGUUCGUCUGCGUGUCGUCCCCGCGCAUUGCCGGAGAUGACCGCCAGGACAUGUUUACUCAGGAGGUGUUCGUCUGCGUGUCGUCCCCGCGCAUGCCGGGAGAUGACCGCGAGGACAUGUUUACUCAGGAGGUGUUCGUCUGCGUGUCGUCCCCGCGCAGUGCCGGGAGAUGA